GUAAAAGGGUGCGGCACCGAGAGAGAGGAGAGAGGCAACUGACUAACUAGUGGGGGAUAGACAGGAGGGUUGAAAAUAUAAGGUAAAGAAGAGAGAGGCUGGCAGUCCGGGCAGGGAGGGGUGGGUGGGGAGCUUCUGGGAAAGGGAGGCCAGAGGAGACUCAGAAGCUGCGUUGGUCACCACCACGACCGCUGAAGACCACACUUCUCUGCGUCUCAUAGAUGAAAUAAUUUAAUAAAGUCUCCUCCAGCGGCAGCCCCUAAUUGGAUGGCCCCCUGUUCCCCUUCGACGCUCCCCCCCCCCAAGCGCCCCCCGUCGCCGCCAAUAAUGCUACUUGUUUUCCCGUCCCCCUCCGGCCCCCUCCCGCGUCUCAUUGUUGCUCAAGUCGACUUUUGUGUGUAAUAUUCCGGCGUGGCGGCGAGCGAGUGGGCGGGGCCUCGGCGGCUGGGGCGCCUCUCCUCGACACCCACCAUUGGCGGGCGUGGCCGCCAUGCCGGGAAGCAGCCCGCUGAUUGGUCCACUUUCUCGCACGUCUUGCAGAGUGUCAGCGGCAGUGUCGGUGAUUGGCUGAGGCCUCGGCGCUGGACGAGGUAAGCAGCGAUCACCGCCCUGAUUGUGGUAAUGUGCACCAACAACGACCAACUAAUCGCCAGCCAUUGGUCCAAAACACACCGUCAUCACCGGACCGGAAAAUUGCAAGUAGCGGGCCACAGCUGCCGCCAGCCCCGCGGGACGAUUGCCGCCGCCCCGCCGACUCACCGCCCCGCCGACAAAAUACGCUGACGAGAGCUAAACGCCUUCCAUCGCCAAUUCACUGAGAUUGUGCCUGAGUAGUGCGGCGGCGGCACCGCUCAGCGCCAGCAGGAGCCCAACAGCUGCAGCAGCCACAGGAACCAGCUGAGGAACAUCCAAAGACCAACAGGGGCCAUCGGGAGCCAGCAGGAGGCGACAGCAGGCAUGGAGCUGCUGCGGGAGAAGCGAGACUCGGGCCUGCUGGAGAGUGCCUCCCCCUCCCGCUCCACCACCUCCUUCCUUAUCGACGACAUCCUCUUCCACAGGCCUAAGCGAGUGUGUAGCAGAGCAGACGGAGGCGGCGAAGAAGGUAGCAGUGAAGACAGUCCGUGGAUGAGACUCAACCCGCAGCUGUACCCUGUGACAUCGCGAGACUUGACCUCCGUGAGCUCGUCAAUGGUUCGCGCGUCCUUCAGCGAGUCUUACGCAGCCGCCGCAGCCGCCGCCGCUGGUGUCCUGCCCUCUACCGCCGCCGCCGCUGCUGCUGCCGCCGCCGCGUACCUCCACCCGCACCCAUACCUUCACAAACCCGAGACCCACUUCCUCUUCCCUGGCGCAGGGCUGAGUUUCGGCGGCUUGUUCGGAGGCGGCGAGGGAGCACUGAAGGCCUGCCGCCGGAGAAAGGCUCGCACAGUUUUCAGCGACCACCAGCUGGGCGGCCUGGAGAAGCGGUUCGCGGCGCAGCGGUACCUGUCCACACCAGAACGAGUCGAGUUAGCAACCUCCCUCAACCUGUCUGAGACGCAGGUCAAGACGUGGUUCCAGAAUCGACGGAUGAAACACAAGAAGCAACUUAGAAAACACACGGACGACAAAACCUCCACCACCACCAGCGCCGCUGCCUCCUCCAGCACCUCCAGCGGCGGCUCUACCAACUCCUCCGCCUCCUCUUCCUCUUCCUCCUCGUCGUCCAGUAGUCUAGGUGGCGGCGCAGGAGAAAGGGACGGAAGAACGAGUCACCUGGUGGGAGGGUCAAGUCAUAUGGAUCAACAGGGCCCCUGCUCCCCCCUUGAUGCAGCCGCCUCUCCAGCCACAACACUCCCGAGGGACAGUGACCUCUCCCACUCGGACUAUGAGGACGAGAUCGACAUCGUGGGCGUCUCUGCCGACUUGCGUCACGCCCACGGUUCCCGCUCCCACCCGCAGCCCGCCCACUAGGUCCGCUUAGCUGUCAGCCUCCGCUAGUCUACUCUCGCCCUGUCCCGCCCGCAAGAUGACAGUGUGGACGAGGGACGGGGUGGAGCUCCUCUCACCCACCAGUGACGUGACGUACUCCCUCUCCCGAUCCUGCAGCAUGCAUGUUAAGAAACUCAUGUCGUGUUAAGGAAUUUCUACUACUUGAAUAAAAUCGAAAAGAUAUUUAAGACAUCUAAUGGGUAUCUCUCUCUCUCUCUCUCUCUCUCUCUCUCUCUCUCUCUCUCUCUCUCUCUCUCUCUCUCUCUCUGCCAAGGUCAGUCUGGUCACUUUCAAAGCCUCUUUUGCACUUGUUUUCGUUUUUCAUUUAAGUGGAAAUAAAAACAAAAUGCUACUCUAGUCAGUCAGCUUCUCUCCCGUCUUUCCCACACAGACGGGGAUGUGAGAGGUCUGGUUUGUAUUAACGCCAAAGGUUACCAAUGAAAAUACUCUAGUCUUGUAAUCUAGCCAAAGUUAUGUUUAAUUUUGUUUUGUUUUGUUAACAGAUGAAUGAAUUAAUUUUAUACUAGUCGAUGCUCCACACACCGUCAGGACAGUCUGAGUGCCGCGCGUCUCUCAAGAGCGGCGCAUCAAAGCGUGAGUCGUGUGCCCGCCCAGCGUCACAGCCUCGGGGACCUUGACACACCCGUGGCCCCAACACGCAGGGACGAGUCAGUGUACAAAGCGUGUCAGGCGUUUAUAAUCCACGUUCGUUGGACUGUAACCUUUCAUUCCUUCCCGCCGCUUUAGGACCCUGCUUAGCUCAGCCCGCCUUGUCGUGAACACUUAAUGCCCCGCCCCUCACCCCUUCACCUUUACGAUAUGACAAAUUUGUUUGUGUGCAUUACGAUGGGUUAUAUGUCUCUCUCUCUCUCUCUCUCUCUCUCUCUCUCUCUCUCUCUCUCUCUCUCUCUCUCUCUCUCUGAACAAGGCGCGUGGCUUAAAUUUCUACGUAUUACCUGCAAAACUUUCUCACAAGACUUGCAUUCAUGAUUCCAUUCUCUGUCUCUGUCGCCUCCAUUGAGAUGUCUACUCGUGUGGCACAGAGGAACUUUUUUUUUUUUACCACCAUAGGAAACUUAAACUCAAUGGUCCCUAAAAAAGUAUGGCGUUUUCAACUACGAAUAAUCCUGGAGCAAGAAUAAAUUAUUUAAAAUACUUUUGCUCUCCGUGGUGGUGGCUCUCCAAAAUGUACGUACUUUAAACAUGUACCAGAAGAAGCCUUAAUAGUAAAGUUAAUACCACGUCAAUAUUUACGGUAAAUCUUCAUUGUUCACAAAAAAAAAAAAAAAAAACGAAAAAAAAUCAGCUUACUCAUGUAAUAACUGACAAAGAAAAAGUCACGUUAUUUUUUCCUACCGUAGUCAGAAAUAAUUGUCAGCACUUACGGAAAACAAGAAUAAUGGAGGUAAAAUUUCGGAUACGGAUCGAGUAACGCUCAAAACUGGGAGAUGAUUUAAAAAGGAUUACAGCGUCAUGCUUAAGAGCCGUAAUUAAACAAAGGAUCUUAGCGAAGUCAGAAUAAAAGGGGUUUGUUAGGCAGGCAAACAAGAGGUAAUCAAGCACAGGAUUACAACCAUACUGAAAAAUACAUCUUAAUAUGAGUUUGCUGGAGAUUAAUACAAAAGCCCUUAUUCUGAAACGCUUUGUUCUCUCAUCAGGAAUAUUGUCAAAGGCCACAGAGACGAUAUUAGUCAGGUUCUCAUAAAUGUUAAUAAAUGUUGGUAUGGAAUACAUCUUAAACUAUCAUUCGAACCAUGAAAGCACUAGUGAAAACUGGAAUAACCUGCACCAUAAUCUGAUAAAACUAUUCAAGAUGAAACGCCAUAGAAACGGUAUGUCAGAUUCUCUUGGAUGUUAAUCAAUACAAGUAUACAAUCCAUCUUAAACCCUCAGGAGAAACCAUGGAAACUCUCUUCAAAACCAGAACAACUUGCAGUACAGUCUGGUAAAACUAGUCAAGAUGAGACGACUACCACGGGUGAGAACACGGACCUGCAUGUUUUAAAGUGGUGCCGGGACGAGAGAUGGUUCAGGCUGGGAAUUAAGGCAGUUGAUAUCACGUCUCUACACUAACCAUCCAUCACCUCUCAAUGAACCAUCUACCGCGCCCGCAACACAGCACAUCUACAUCUCCGGUCCAUGCAAGCAACACCUAAAUGAACCACCCACACCCAACACGCCCACCACACCCGCCACGCCCUCAUUGUCAUCCAUUUUUAUCCUCGAGGCAGCGAGAGUGUAGCUUCAUAAUGUUUGGUAGAAUCAGUAAGGUUAUAACAUCGCUUUAAUUCACUAGAGUCAUCACAACUUGUCAUCACCACCUCUCUCCCUCUGUCUCUGAAUCAUACCACACAUUACCUUCAUUCACUAUCUUAAACAUCACUAUCCAUUGUAUCACUAUAGCCUGCCGCGUUCAACUAUCACUACCCCCACCACCACCACCGUACAACAUUUUUUUUUCCUUGUCAUAUCACGCAUAGCUUCCAUUCACUGUCAUGACCGUCACCAUUAGCACCGCUACAGCUCGCCACGUACCACAUACAGGCACCAUCACUACCUCCACAAUCGAAUUCAACACGCAGCCAUUACUCUCUCUCUCUCUCUCUCUCUCUCUCUCUCUCUCUCUCUCUCUCUCUCUCUCUCUCUCUCUCUCUCUCAUUACUCCUACUAUACUCACUAAGAAUAACCAUCUAAUAGAAUAAAGGUACAGAGAAGUUGACAUAUGAGUUAUGUUCUCACUACAAGAAAAAUAAAAAAAGUGCACUAUUAUACCCAUAAUUAUUCUUUCCCUCGUGAAAAUCGAACGAAAUUCAGCUAGUUUGUCUAUCUUCCUUUCCUUCAUCACCACCAUCGUCAUCGCCGCCACUGGCAUUGUCACCGUAGUCUCCACCACCAUCACCACCACCACCGCCGCUGCCGCCAUUAGUUUAACCUUUUUUUCUUUAUUCUUCUUCCCAGUGUGAGUGUAAAUAAUAUUGUACAUAUUUCGUGUUAUCUCCUUUUCCGAUAACAAUAAAGAAUGAAAUGAUGUUGCUGA